GGUACCCUCGAGUUGACUCAGUCACUCACUUUCAGUUUCUGCUCUGCUUGGUCAGGUGGCUGUCUGUGGCUGUGGCUGUUCUCCUCCUUCCUCCUGCAUUUCAUUUUCACCGUUGCUCUCUAACCAUCUCCCUUUGCUCACUGCUGAAGAUUUUGGGCGAUGUUUUCUAUGGCGACAGCGGUGGAACUGCCAACAGGGAGGAUGGCUCCUUGCACUUCUCGUGCUGAUCAUCGCCUUUCCUCGGCCAGGAACAUCGACGGGCUGCGCUUUCCGUUUAAAUUGAAGAAGAAGACCUUUCGAAUAGACGGCUUGCGUAAGGCGGCCAGGAUUGUCAAUAGCCUCCGCUAUGGAGACGGAGAUUCGAAUCCCCCCGUUACCACGUUUUCCCCCAAUGGCUCGGCAGUCACCUUGGGUGCUGAUGGCCUACAGCUAACACGUGUUAAUGUAAAUUCUCAAAGGAAAACAAAGAUUGUCUGUACAAUUGGUCCUUCGACCAGCACACAUGAAAUGAUUUGGAAACUAGCAGAAGCUGGAAUGAAUGUGGCACGGUUGAAUAUGUCUCAUGGUGAUCACGCAUCACACCAGAAAACCAUAGAUCUGGUCAAGGAAUAUAAUGCGCAGUUUGAGGACAAGGUUAUUGCCAUAAUGCUAGACACUAAGGGUCCUGAGGUAAGAAGUGGAGAUCUGCCACAACCAAUCGUUCUCAAGGAAGGGCAAAAAUUCAAUUUUACCAUUAAAAGAGGUGUCAGUUCAGAUGACACUGUUAGUGUUAAUUAUGAUGGCUUCAUAAACGAUGUUGAAGUUGGGGACAUCUUACUGGUUGAUGGUGGAAUGAUGUCACUAUCUGUGGAAUCCAAGUCAGAGGAUGUGGUUCAAUGCAAAGUGUUGGAUGGUGGAGAGCUGAAAUCAAGGCGACAUUUGAAUGUUCGAGGGAAAAGCGCUACUCUGCCUUCAAUCACUGACAAAGACUGGGAAGAUAUCAAAUUUGGUGUGGAUAACCAAGUUGAUUUCUAUGCUGUUUCUUUCGUCAAGGAUGCUAAGGUGGUCCAUCAAUUGAAAGAUUAUCUCAAAAGUUGCAAAACAGAUAUUCAUGCAAUUGUAAAGAUUGAAAGUGCUGAUUCCAUAGCAAAUCUCCAAUCUAUCAUUUCUGCAUCUGAUGGGGCGAUGGUGGCUCGAGGUGAUCUUGGAGCUGAACUCCCAAUUGAAGAAGUCCCUUUGUUACAGGAAGACAUCAUAAGAAGGUGCAGAAGUAUGAAAAAGCCAGUAAUAGUGGCAACAAAUAUGCUAGAAAGCAUGAUUAACCACCCGACUCCUACGAGGGCUGAAGUUUCUGAUAUUGCCAUCGCAGUACGUGAAGGUGCUGAUGCUAUAAUGCUUUCAGGAGAAACUGCUCAUGGAAAAUUUCCCUUGAAGGCUGUUAAAGUGAUGCACACCGUGGCAUUGAGGACAGAGUCAAGCUUACCGGUCACUUUUAGCUCACCGGGUGAAUCUUCUGCAUACAAGGAUAACAUGGGUGAUAUGUUUGCUCUUCAUGCAACCAUAAUGGCCAACACACUGAUUACUCCCAUCAUAGUUUUCACAAGAACGGGGUCCAUGGCUAUAACUUUGAGUCAUUACCAGCCUUCGUCAACAAUAUUUGCUUUCACAAAUGUAGAAAGAGUGAAGCAGCGUCUUAUCCUCUAUCACGGUGUAAUGCCGAUAUACAUGGAAUUCACAGAUGAUGUCGAGGAGACCUUUUCGCAAGCAUUGAAGCUUUUACUGAACAAGGGCCUGGUAAUCGAAGGGCAGUUUGUCACUCUUGUUCAAAGUGGAGCACAACCAAUCUGGCGCCGGGAGUCUACUCACCACAUUCAGGUGCGCAAAGUGCAAAGCUGACCGUUGUAUUAGAAAACCUUUCCAUACGUGUAUAGUAAAAAUAGUGAAUCGAUAAAACCGGCAGGAUUUCAGCUAAAAUCGACUAGAGUUGUUUGUAGUUUACUUGCUAUAAGAAAAGGGAUUUUGUUGAGGUACUGUCAACUGUGUUGAGAAAAUAAAGAACUUUACGGUAUUGCGCGACACUUUUGAGUUCUUCGACAGGUUGUUUUGUGCAGAAAGUUAAAUCAGAAUGAUGAAUGUGAACUAAUGGAUAAAAAAAAUUUGAUGUUA